AUAAACAGAUGUCAUAUGAUUUUCGGUUCAUUUUCCAACAUGGCGGCCGGGUCGCAGCCGCUGGCUGUUGCUCUCCUGUCCAUCCUCACUGGGGUUUUAAGUUUUCCUCUCGGCCAGGAAACAAAGCACACAGCCACCUGCGGAUACGAGUCAUGUCACGCCACCAAACCCAACAUGCUGAAUGUCCACCUGGUCCCUCACACACAUGAUGAUGUUGGCUGGCUCAAGACCGUGGACCAGUAUUACUAUGGAGACCGCAAUGAUAUUCAGCAUGCUGGGGUGCAGUACAUCCUGGACUCAGUGGUGGAUCAGCUGCUGAAGAAUCCAGACAGGAGGUUUAUCUAUGUGGAAACGGCCUUCUUCUACCGCUGGUGGAAACAGCAGAGCUCCAGUAUGCAGCAGACAGUCAAACAGCUGGUAAAUGAAGGUCGUCUGGAGUUUGUGAAUGGUGGCUGGUGUAUGAGUGAUGAAGCUACAACUCACUACAGCGCUGUCAUUGACCAGAUGACCAUGGGCCUGAGGUUCCUUAAUGAGACAUUUGGGCCUUGUGGUCGUCCCCGAGUUGCCUGGCACAUUGAUCCCUUUGGCCACGCCCGUGAACAUGCCUCCAUGUUUGCACAGAUGGGAUAUGACGGCUUCUUCUUUGGUCGUCUGGACUAUCAGGACCGGGCUCGCAGGAUGAUUGACAAGGAGCAGGAGCUUCUGUGGAGAGCCUCUGACAGCCUCACCCCCCCCAUGGCUGACCUCUUCACAGGGAUCCUUCCCAAUGGAUACAACCCCCCUCAGGGCUUCUGCUGGGACCAGUCUUGUGAUGACCCACCAAUCAGAGAUGACCCUGAUCUGGAGGACUAUAAUGUAGAUGAUGUGGUGAACCGCUUCCUCACCAUUGCUAGCGCUCAGGCUGCAGUGUAUAAGACCAAUCACAUUAUUAUGACCAUGGGUUCAGACUUCCAGUAUGAGAACGCCAACCUGUGGUACAAAAACCUGGACAAGCUGAUCCACUACGUCAACGCCCAGCAGGCAAAUGGCAUCAAAGUCAACGUUCUCUAUUCUACCCCGUCCUGCUACCUUCAGGAGCUGCACCGAGCAAACCUCACCUGGUCUUUGAAGACAGAUGACUUUUUCCCUUACGCAGACGACGCUCAUGAUUUCUGGACCGGCUACUUCACCAGCCGACCGGCACUGAAACGUUACGAGCGGAUCAGCAACAGCAAUCUGCAGACAUGUAACCAGCUGGAGGUCCUUGGUGGCCCAGUUUCCAGAAACGGACACUUUGGGGAAGGCGACAGCCAGACCAUGAUGAAAGCCAUGGCUGUGGCUCAGCACCACGACGCUGUGUCAGGCACAGAGAAGCAACACGUAGCUAAUGACUACGCCAGGAGGCUGGCUAACGGCUGGCAACACUGUCAGGUUGUCGUCAGUAACAGUCUGGCUGCUCUGAGCGGCUCAUCUGCUCAGCGGAUCUACUGUGACAACCUCAACAUCAGUGUGUGUCCUCUCACUGAGUCCAGCAAAAAGUUCUCAGUCAAUGUGUACAACCCUCUCGCUCGGCCCGUCACUUGGCCAGUCAGGCUGCCUGUGAAUGGAACAGCCUACACAGUAUCUGAUGCUAAAGGGAAAGCUGUGGACUGUCAGGUGGUUCCAGUUUCCAGAGCCACUCAGGAAGUGAGGAGGAACUGGGGCUUCGCUGUCAACGAGCUGGUGUUCCAGGUUCAGGCUCCUCCUCUGGGCUACAGCACCUACUCUGUGUCCCUGGUUAAGGACGGACCUCCACCCACAUCCACAAAGCAUCGUGCUCCCACAGUGAUCCAGAACAAGUUCCUACAAGUGACCUUUAACCCAGACACAGGCCUCUUAAGCAGCCUCAGCAACCUAGAGACCAAACAGAGCAUCAAACUGACACAGAAUUUCUAUUGGUACAAUGCCAGUGACGGUAACAACUCUCAGAGUGAUCAACCAUCAGGAGCCUACAUUUUCAGGCCCAACUCAUCCACACCUUUUAUCAUCAGUCAGACAGCCAAGACAGAGACUGUUCAGAACUCAGUGGUGCAGGAGGUGAGGCAGUGGUUUGCUCCCUGGGUGUCUCAGGUGGUUCGUCUCUACGCUGACAGCAGAGCUCUGGAGCUGGAGUGGACAGUCGGACCGCUGCCCAUAGAUGAUAGUCUGGGGAAGGAGGUGAUAACCCGACUAGACACCAGUAUAAAAACUUCAGAAAUUUUCUACACUGACUCCAACGGCAGAGAGGUGCUGCAGAGAAAGAAAGACUUCCGACCCACAUGGCAUCUAAAGCAGUCAGAACCCAUAGCUGGAAACUACUACCCCAUCAACUCCCGUGCAUUCAUCAAGGAUGAUGUGGACCAACUCACUGUGGUGACUGAUCGCUCUCAAGGAGGAGGAAGCAUCCACAAUGGCUCUCUUGAGAUCAUGCUCCACCGCCGGCUGUUGUACGAUGAUGUUCGCGGUGUUGGCGAGCCUCUCAACGAGACCUCUAACAUCUUCCCGGAGGGGCUGGUAGUCCGCGGCCGCCUCCUGCUCUCCCUCGACCCCCCGCCCACCGCCGCUGACACACACCGCCCCUUGGCGCAGGAGAUGGUACUGCAGCCGCUGCUAACCUUCACUGACGGAAAUCUGAAUCCACACACUCAACUGGAGUUCUCGGGUCUUCAGGCUGCGCUCCCUCCUGCUGUCCACCUCCUGACACUGACACAGUGGGACAAAGACUCAGUGCUGCUGAGACUGGAGCAUCAGUUCCAGAGCUGGGAGAGCAAAGUGAACUCACAACCAGUCACCAUCAACCUGCAGAAGCUGUUUUCCACUCUGGAGGUGCUUGGUAUGUCUGAGCUGAACCUGUCAGCCAAUCAGUGGAAAGAUGAGAUGAUUCGUUUUGACUGGAAGCCGCAGACAGGUAAGAAGCCCCUGCUGAAGACAUUCGAAGACCCCUCCGUAUGGGAGGUGACCUUGAGGCCAAUGGAGAUCCGAACCUUCCUGCUCAGAGUCAGCCUCAGAUAGCAAUCACAUGCGUCAAAUUUCAUGAGAAGUCACAAAUGAGUAAGCGAUACAGUUUCAAUCAAUUGAUAUUCCUAUGGCCUCUUGCUUGUUUGAUUCAACCAAGGGAGGACUUGGUUUUUUUAACACUGCUAGAAUUUGUACAGACACUUGAGAAAGGAUGAAAAGGGUUUCUCUUCACAAAGCAUGAGAGGUUGUGUUCUGCAGCUUGAUUUGAAUACAGGGAGAGACAACACUGCCCACGAUGCUAAAUCAGAUCAAUGUUACCUGGACUGGCGUUCCAAGAUGAGUUUUGUUUUACAAAGAAGUGAACCAGAUGUUAAGAUGUUUUUGGAAACCUAAGCUGUGCCUCUUAGUACCACUGAAUGUCCGAACAUGUUUCAUAUGAGGCAUAAGUACAGUAUUUGUUGAAGCUGCCUUUUUUUACUGCAGAAACAUCAAAAAUCAACAGGAGACAAUACCACUACAUCCCUCCAAAACUGACCCUGGAACAUCUUUCAGCCUAGAAACUGACUUUGUCACAGACUCAGCACAUUCACUUGCAACCACGUUAUAAAGAUAUUUUCUCUCUACAUACUGGUGCCAACAUGUAUUGACUGCCUGAUGUGUGCAAUAAGUGUAACUUUCCAAUCCCCUCAAUAUGUAUAAAUACAUUGAAACUGAUUUUAUACUGAUAAUUGAGCAGCUCAUAAUAAAAUCUAUCAUUCUUA